AUGUCCUUUAACAAAAUAAAACCAUUUCAAACGAAGUCACUUUUGGAUUAUAAGGGAAAAGUACCUCCAGAUGAUUUUCCAUUACCAAAUUCUGCAACUUUUGUAAUGUGUAAACCAAACAGUGAUAGUGAUGCUUCAACUUCAUCUGUGUUUCUAGCUGAAACAAAAUGGGCUUCAAAUGAAGACAAUGUUGUUUUAGGACUAAACGAAAGGGUCGGGUUAGAAACCAAGUCAUUUGCAAAUGAAAAUAAUAUUGAAUUAGUGAAUGAUACGGCUGACAGUGACAUUGUGAUAAACCCAAAACUACAGGCGACGGUUUCCAAUGGUCAGCCUACACAAUCACAAUCUGAGCAAAGACCGUGA